AUGUCAGCUGUGAACCGAGACCUGAAACCCAAAGGGCGGGCACGGGAAGUAACCGGCAGUGAGCACAAGGGCUGGGGUGAGCCGGGCACCCUCGAUCGGGACGGGAGAAGGCCGGCGGCGGAUGCGGAGCCGCGGCCCGAGCCGCUCGCCCCGCACUCUCACCCGGGGUCCCUCCCGCGAGCAAGCCCCCCGGACCUCCGGGCGGACGGCCUGCCCGCUCCCGGGCCCCCGGCGCUCAGGGAAGAGGGCGGCGGGCCGAGGGCCGAGGGACGCGGGAGGCGCAGCCGCCCGCUCGGGGCGCAGGUGCACGCGGGGGGAACGACGGCGGCGCGCAGAGCGGCCGGCCCCGCGGCGGAAGUGCGUCCCGGGGGCCGCUCUAGGACGGCCGGAGGACCCGGCUCGUCAGUGACCCCGCGCCAGACGGGAGCGCCGUCGCGCGCCGGGCGUCUGCGGGCAGCCGCGCCGGCGGCGGCGGGGAGGGAGACGCGCGCCGAUUGGCCGAGCACGCCGGAAGUGGAGGCGGCCGCCGCGGUCGCCCGUGAGACCGAGAUCGCGGCGGCGGGGAGCUCGGGGCCUGGCGAGAGCGGGGCGAGCGGAGCGCGGCGGGGCGGGAGCGGCCGCGAUCGUGACAUGGGGACUGAGCACACGGAGAUCAUUCCCAAGGAGGAAGUUUGCGAAGAGCCCGAGCCCCCCGGGGCGGCCGACGAGGGCCGGCAGUUCGGAGCGGACGCGCGGGCGCGGCCCCCGGGAGAGUCCGUGGACGCGAGCGUGGCGCCCGGGUCUUCUCGGGGCGGUGGCGUCGCGUCGGGGCUGAUGGCCGUCAAGAGGUCCCCGUCCAGCGAGAGGCUGCAGGAGGACCCGGCGAGCGAGGGCGGCCGCGGCCGCGGCCCCGGCCCGGCGGCCCCGCCUCCGUCACCGGGGGCCCCCGCGCCGCAGAGGAGCCCCGUGCGGGAGAAGCCCCACACGUGCAGGGAGUGCGGGAAGGCCUUCAACCAGAACUCGCACCUGACGCAGCACCUGCGCGUGCACAGCGGCGAGAAGCCCUUCCUGUGCGGCGAGUGCGGGAAGCCGUUCGGGACCAACUCCAGCCUCCGGCGGCACCUGCGCAUCCACGCGGGCGAGAAGCCGUUCGCGUGCACCGAGUGCGGCAAGGCGUUCAUCCAGAGCUCGCACCUGGUGCACCACCACCGCAUCCACACCGGGGAGCGGCCCUACCGCUGCGGCGAGUGCGGCAAGGCGUUCAGCCAGAACUCGGCCCUGCUGCUGCACCAGCGCAUCCACACCGGCGAGAAGCCGUACGCGUGCAACGAGUGCGGCAAGGCGUUCCGCGUGAGCUCGCAGCUCAUCCAGCACCAGCGCAUCCACACGGAGGAGCGCUACCACGAGUGCGGCGAGUGCGGCAAGGCCUUCAAGCACAGCUCGGGCCUCAUCCGCCACCAGAAGAUCCACACCGGCGAGAAGCCCUACCUGUGCGGCGAGUGCGGCAAGGGCUUCGGCCAGAGCUCCGAGCUCAUCCGCCACCAGCGCAUCCACACGGGCGACAAGCCGUACGAGUGCAGCGAGUGCGGGAAGACCUUCGGCCAGAACUCGGAGAUCAUCCGGCACGUGAGGAUCCACACGGGCGAGAAGCCGUACGUGUGCGGCGAGUGCGGGAAGGCCUUCCGCGGCAACUCGGAGCUGCUGCGCCACGAGCGCAUCCACACGGGCGAGAAGCCGUUCGAGUGCCCCGAGUGCGGGAAGGCCUUCCGGCGGACCUCGCACCUCACGGUGCACCGGCGCAUCCACCGCGGCCACAAGCCGCACCAGUGCGCCGAGUGCGCGCGCACCUUCUGGGACGGCUCGGAGCUGCUGCUGCACCGGAAGGUGCACACCGGCGAGAAGCCGUACGAGUGCGACCGCUGCGGGAGGCCGUUCGGCCAGCUGUCGCAGCUGGCGCUCCACCAGCGGACGCACACGGGCGAGAGGCCGUUCGAGUGCCAGCAGUGCUCCCGGACCUUCAGCAGGAGCUCGCACCUGCUGCGGCACCAGAGCGUGCACUGCGCGCAGUGAGCCCGCGCCGGCCGGCCGGCGCGCCCCCGCGGCCCCUGCUGCGGAGCCGGCUGGAGAGGAGGGCGCGCUUCUGCGGGCUGUCCGCGGGGGAGCUGCGGGGCGCCGGCCUGGACCGCCAGGGCCGUUUCGGCCCUUCGUGGUCCUCCGGCCCUCCCCCCCCCCCC